CCCAAAAGCGAAGGGGAUUGGGUUUCCGCUUCUCCCUCACAAAAGGCGGCACCUCCUCUCCUCUCACCUCUGGAGUUCGGAGCAGCACGAGAGGGGGGAGGGAGGAAGAAGCCGCCGCCUCCUCCGGCGCCCCGUUAACCCGCAUCCGCUCCGCGCGGGGACGACGAGAAUAGGCGAGGCCUACGAUUCGAUUAACGGGGCGGCUGCAACGUUCGAGGUUUAGCCAAAACUAUUUUCUAAGCAAUGGCGGCGAUGAUGGUGGCAAUGACGGCAAAGAGCAAGAACUGUGUGCUGGGCGCGGAGAAGAAGCAGGGCUGGUCUAUUGCGCUCCCGGAACUCCGGUUCCCUUGGGAUUUGCAUGAAGACAAGAGCUUCUCUCUAAGCCUGCAAGGCUCUGCUGCCCCUCAUGAUAGGCUGUUUGCUAGCGUUGGUCUGUCGACUGGUGCGCCAGCGGUGGCGCCUAGUCGGGGGGAGAAGGAUAUUAAGAUUCCGUUCACCGAUCAUUGUAUAAAGUAUGUCUCCGAGGCAUUUGGGUACCAAGUUAUGGGGACUGAUACUGAGCCCGUCGAGGAGGAAGAGUUGGUGGAUGGUAAGGCUAAGAAGAAGGCCAAGAAGCGUGGGCUGAAGCUAAAGGUCAAAAUUGGGAACCCACAUUUGAGGCGGUUGGUUAGUGGAGCUAUUGCAGGGGCCGUCUCCAGGACUUGUGUGGCGCCUCUGGAGACGAUUAGGACUCAUCUCAUGGUUGGGAGCAAUGGGGACUCGAUGACAGAGGUGUUCCAGUCAAUCAUGAACACCGAGGGGUGGACAGGGCUGUUUCGUGGGAAUUUUGUCAAUGUUAUCCGCGUUGCGCCAAGCAAAGCGAUUGAGCUGUUUGCUUUUGAUACAGCCAAGAAAUUCUUAACCCCAAAGCCUGAUGAGUCACCGAAGACCUUCCUCCCUCCAUCACUUGUUGCUGGAGCACUUGCUGGAGUCAGCUCAACCUUGUGCACAUAUCCUUUGGAAUUGAUUAAGACCAGAUUGACUAUAGAGAAAGAUGUCUACGACAACUUCCUCCAUGCUUUCGUCAAGAUUCUACGAGAGGAAGGCCCAUCAGAGCUCUACCGUGGUCUGACACCAAGUCUGAUAGGAGUGGUACCAUAUGCUGCGACCAAUUACUAUGCCUAUGACACCCUGAAGAAGCUCUACAGGAAGACAUUCAAGCAGGAGGAGAUCAGCAACAUCGCAACUCUCCUCAUCGGUUCAGCCGCUGGUGCCAUCUCGAGCACUGCCACCUUCCCGCUUGAGGUGGCUCGCAAGCAAAUGCAGGUUGGAGCAGUAGGCGGGAGGCAGGUCUACAAGAAUGUGUUCCAUGCUCUCUACUGCAUAAUGGAGAAAGAAGGGAUCGGCGGCCUGUACAAGGGGCUCGGACCGAGCUGCAUCAAGCUGAUGCCUGCAGCAGGCAUCUCGUUCAUGUGCUACGAGGCCUGUAAGAAGAUACUGGUCGAAGAUGAUGAGAAGAGCGAGUGAAGCAUGUGCCCCUGGUGAAGGGGGGAAGAGUGAUAUCCUGGAAGAAAGCCGUGGAGGAUUAUACCCUAGUUUUCUUUCCAUUGAGAAUUGGAUUAUCAACACCUGAAAAUUUAGGUCUAAGAUGUUUGAAAUAUUUGUUAGAUCAAGUUUUGGUGUUAACUUUGUGUUGAAAUCCGUAAACAAUAUUCUCACCUGAGUGCAUGUCGCGGAAGCAGUUUUGUCA